AUGGACAACAGAUAUAAGGAGGUAUAAAACGUGUUUUUGGCUGUCGAAAGCAAUACAUUUUGUGCCAGAGAGAUUCUUACGAUGAUGCGGAUCGCGGCGGCAGACAUAAAUCGUAUCGAAAGGUAUGCACAUUUUGAUGAUUAUGUACUCUAUUCGAAAAAAAACUGGCCACGACGUUUGCAGGCGCACCGAUGUGUAUCAGAUUCCACUCGGAAAAAUUCAUCGCAAAUCCUAGCACUCAUGUUUAAUAAUAGUUUUCGAGCUUUUGCUUAUUUUUUUUUGAAUAUGAAUGUCAUGACAUGUCAGUAGAGAUUCAAAGUUCUACAGCUUGAAAGGUACAGAGUUACCCUCGAGUGGAAAUAUAAAAUAUAAGCUCGUUUUUUUAUUUAAAAACUGUUUAAACUGUUUAUUGCAUCUUCAAUGUAAGAAUACAUGUGCAAUCGACUUUUCAUUGAUUUCAACUGUGUUUAAACGGCGGCAGGAGCUGUGGCUUAGGCAGAGAAGUUGUGAAUUUCGCUCGUAGGACAUCAGGUACAAGAGAGGUCGUAGGAAGAAGUACGGUGCCGGCUUUCCAAAGGCCGAUGGCAGAGAUUGAGCCUUUUCGCUGCAUGCAGCUCCCCAUUUUAUCUACCCCGGAGGGAUGAAAGGGUUGGUCGACCUCGGGGGGACUCGAACCUACGACCUUGCGGACGUUAGAAAUGAGUCAUGCCAGCUGAGCUAUGCCGCCACCUUUGGAAUGAAAAAAAUAAAUCGUUUCGGACUGGAAAUGAGGCAGCGUUUCUCACCCUUUCUUCAUUUUGCCGCUCUUCUUUUCUGUUCAGUAGCACUGAGGCCGUAUGCAAUAAAAUGGAAAAUGAUUGUUUGCCAUUUUCCUGAAAAUCGAAAAUGACUACGAUUAGUCUUUUUCAGACUGAAAUUGCUUCUGACCUAUCCUAAUAUUUUUAUUAACACUUAUCACAUCAGAUAAAGCCGAAAUAAAUGAUAUCUUAGCGAGGCUUUUCUAUUUUAAUGCCGUGUUCAAAGUGAUUGCCGCGAAAGGCAAAAUGGUCUCAGACUCUCCAAAAUUUAGUUGUUUUUUUUUUCUGACGGCUAUUUUUAAUUCCACCGAAUCACUUUGAACACGGCGUCAUGAAGAUGGCGGAUAAUUAUUUUCCACUUUAUUGCAUACUGGUCUACAAUCUCCAAACGUCAAUGCUUUUUUUGAAUCUCGAAAAGCCUCCAAAAAAAAAGUUAAACUGAACUUUUCUACUAACAUUUAUAUUUUGAAAGCUCAAGGCGAAAAGUUCAUAAUCGUUGUAAACUUUCAUAUAAGAAGGCCAACUGUGAUUAUUUUUGCGUUUUCUUGAGUUGUUUUAUCCGAGUUUUUGCCUAACUAGGGAACGUUUUUUACCCCCCCGUUGAACUUUUGCUGAAACUUUGCUGAAGUGUACUUUAGGAUCUCCUAACUGCAGAACAAGAAUAAAUUUCUCGCAAUAGAUCUCGUUUUCGAGUUAGGACACUUCAAAAGCCCAAAAUAGCGCUUUUUUGGCCUAAUUUGCGUAUUUUGUAUACUUUGAAGCCUUAUAACUCGGAAAAAGAUCUAUUGCGAGAAAAUUUUUAAAAGUAAAAAAAGUUCCCUGGUAAGAGCUCUUCUUCCAGCAUUCCCGCCACCGGAAAAGAAGCACAAGUCGUAGCCGUUCGCCGCGAUCUGUUCACGUCAAUCCCAUGUUCAGGUCAGAGACUUCAGCUCGCCCAUAGUUUUGUUCGUGAUUUUUCAACGAUGACCCCCAAACCUUGACUUUUAUGCCGAAAUUAAAGCGAAAAAAGUUGUACAGUAUUUCGAAAUACUUGAAGUAAAACCCAAGUGCUCAAUAAUCGGUUCUAGUAAUGUUAUAUCGACCUUGAAAAAGGUAAUAAGCGGCGAAAUGAAACAAGAAAAAAAGAUAAAUUUUUCGAUUUUGAAUCUUAUUUUUAAUUUUGGGAUUCCUGCAUUUUUUUCAUUCAGAAAUCCUCCGUUUAAGUGAAGCUGAUUAAUGGUCGGUAAUUUUUCAUACUGUUAUUUUUCAAAUAAUACUGCUCUAUCGUAUUCAUAUUGCUCAUUUUCGCCCUCUUUUUUCCUAAUCAUUUAUCUUCCUUUGACUAGGAAACUUUUUUUACCCCCCGGUUGAACUUUUGCUGAAACUUUGCUGAAGUGUACUUUAAGAUCUCCUAACUGCAGAACAAGAAUAAAUUUCUCGCAAUAAAUACAUGUCGUUCCGAGUUAAGACACUCCAAAAGCUUGAAAUAGCGCUUUUUUUGGCAUAAUUUGUGUGUUUUGCGGACUUUGAAGCUUUAUAACUCGAAAACAAGACCUAUUACAGGAAAUUUUUUUUGUUCUGCAAUGAGGAGAUCCUAAAGUACAAUUCAACAAAGUUUCAUCAAAAGUUCGUGGGUAAAAAACCUUCUCUAGUGUGUAGGGAAUUUUCAACUUUUCGGGUCUCUUUUACUCAAAAUGUUCCAUUCUGCACCAUUUAUAUUCAUGUUUGAGCGAAAUGAAACAAGUUAGUGCAAUGUUUGUUCGAAAUGCUUCUCAGACUGUUUUCUCAAAGUUUUUUUUUUCUGAAUUUUGCACUGUAGCUAUUUUUAUUGACGAUCAAACUUUGUGAGAAAACGGCUUUGCAGUCUAGGGACGCCGGUUUCGCAGUCGCUUGGACCGUCGGCGUCAAAGUUGUUGGAGACGAACAAGUACCUGGAGGCGGAAUUGGCUCGGCUCCGAAGAGAUCACAGCUGUCUUCAGGGACGCACGCAGUUGCUCGAGAACGAUCUCAGGUGCUUCAAUAUCUUCGUCCUCCCUCUAUGCCCAAUUUUUCGGAUCUGUUUGGAAGUUUGAAAGCUUGCUGCUAAUGAUAAGGAUUGAAAUUUUACGAACGUUUGCUUACUUAUUAUUCUGACCAUUUAUUUCUUUCGACCCUCGUGCUCUGUAAAGAAGAAAAAUGUAUUAUAGUCUGUUUAGAUUUUGAAUUACAAGUCGUCUCUCAAGCUGCAGCCCUAAUAGCGCGGAAAAAAACCGAUCAAAGAGCGAGCCAUCCACAGAGCGUUUUCGAAAGACGUCAUUGUACUUCACAUCCAAAAUAUGAGCAGACUAUAGGAAAUGCUUUUAAGACGUUGGAUUCCCAGAGUGGCAGCACGAUACGUCAUUCAUAUCCCACUUUUAUACUUUUUUUUUUCGUUCUCGAAACUAUACAGUAAAAGUAGAGGGUUCAAAUUUAAUUAUAAAGUUUUCAAAAUUUAUUUUUCCUGUGUGGACCAGCAAAGUCGUAGUAGUAGGAAUUUAUUAUUAGCAAGAAAGAAACAAAAGAAGCUCCGUAUUGAAAGUAACAAUGAGGUUUUUUGUAUAGUGCUGAGGGGGAUAGAUCCCGGAAGUUGUGAAAUGUUCUAGAAUGAAGGUGAAGUUUACAUUCCAAGGUUUUAAGGAAAGCCGUUUAGAAAGCAAUAGAAAAUUAAACAACAAUGUGGAGCCCUCUAGAAAGGUAUGAAACAAUUGAGGAACUUGUCGAACUUUCUAGAAAGAACUUUUUAAACAUUGCCCACUUUGUGUGUGAUAAUCCGAUCCAAAUCUUUUCACAUAAACUCUGCCGAUUGAAGAUAAAUCGCUGAAAAUUGGUUUUUAGAACACAGUCAUUUUUCGAACCUUUGUUUAUUGGUGAGGAAAUUUUUCAAACUGUGAGAAAGAGUGUUUUCAGAAACGCCUUGACGUCGGCCCAGACAGCGGAAAAUCGCUGCGAGGUACUUCUGGCUGACAAGAAAAAAGGGCUAGAUGCAAUGUGCCAAGCUAGAAAUGUUAGUUUUGUUUCUAUCUACACUAAUGACUUAAAAUAGUGCAUUUUUGGCCUAAUUUGCGUAUUUUGCGGUUUUUGAGGUUCAUAAAUCGAAAACGAGAUCUAUUGCGAGAGAAUUUUUCUUGUUCUGCAAUCAGGAGGUUCUAACAUACACUUCAGCACACUUUUAUCAAAAGUUCAACCGGCUGGUAAAAAACGUUCCCUAGUGAGUAGGGAAUUAUCAUGAUGUAAAAAGAAGUUUUCAACCAGUUUGUAGAUUUAUUUUCAAUUGAAAAUUUUUUUAUUAUACAUAAAAAAACUUCGAAAUUUUUGAGUUCAUUAGAGAACGCUUGGGGUUAAUAGUUCCUUUUUUGAUACUUUUGUACAUUUGAGAAGAUACAAAACAUAAUUAUUUUCCAUUUUUUUUUCAGGCCAUCUCGAAUUAUGAAACCACAAUACGCAAGAUCCGACAGGAAAAUUCAGUCAUUUCUGCUGAACGAGAUGAAAUGAGAAAAGUUUGGAAUUGAGCGGAAUGAGAAAUGAAUAAAGCUUAACAGGAAUUUGAAAGAGCAGAUCAACGGGGCAAAUUGGAACGCGAUCAACUCGAGUUCCUUUCCAACCGGAACACGCAACUGUCGCGCAAAUGCGAACAGCUCGUCGAGAAGAACCGUCAGGCGCAAGAGGAGUGAGUGAAGGCAGAGUGGUGUUUGGCGCAGUUGGUUGCGGUCUUGAACAGCAUCGGAGCGGUGAAAUGUUCGGUCCCCGCGCGCGAUGCAACCAGCACUCUUCGCCGCGCUUCUAUAGUGCGGCAAGAUUUAUCGGUUGCUAGAAUGAAAAAGGGAAGUUCGAAGACCGACAGGAUAUGUUCAUUUGUCCUUUCGGUUCAAAACUAUCACCACAAUUAUAUUUAUAAUUUUGAAAAUUCAUGUUUUCAAUAGAAUGGAAUUGGCGAGGCAAUCAACGCAGACUAUGAAACGAGAUGUUGAAAGGAUGAGAACGGACGUCGAAUUGAGCAAAAUGGAGUCUUCGUACGUUUGCUUUUUGAGAUAUUCCGAGUUAAACAGCUUUCGAAAAGGAAAUCCGAAAAAUCGUUAGUCGAUAUCUGAUAUGAAUUGCAGAUCCGCAUUGAAAUUUUGUAAUUUUUCAACACUUUUUGCCCCCAAAAUCUUCGCGUUUCUGCCAAAAUAAAAACAAUGAAAACUAUACCGAGUUUCGAAAUACUUAGAAACCCAAGUGCUCAAUAAUCGCCUUCAAUUUAUAUCGUGUUAGAAAGUGUGAUAAGCGGCGAGAUAAAAAGAGAAUUUUUUUUUGAUUGAAUCCUGCUUCGUAAAAGGAAACUCAAUAACUCCUUUUUUUCUUCAAAUACGAUCCAAGUUUCUGUCAGCCGUUAUCUGACCGAAAUCGACAUGCUGCGGGAUAAAGAAGGGACAUGGAAGAUGGAAAAGUUGGAGUUCGAGCGAUUGUUGUCGGCCAAAGACGCGACGCUGAGCGCGGAGCGACGUCGUAUGGGAGCAGCACUUCAGGAGGAGCGGGACAAGGUCGAAAGACUUGAGACACGUCUCCGCAGCGACCGACCUGUCGUCCAAGGAGAACUCGCCACGGUUCAGCUCCUCCUCUCUUUCCUUCCAACUUGAGUUACUUAGGAAGCCGUUUUUCGAGCUCUUGAGUUGGUUAAAGACGAAUUCGGCACUCAAAUGAAGCAUCUUUUCGCGCAGGUACUUUUUUCUAAAUUUCAUUCAUUGUGGAAAGAGUUUUUAUUGGAAAACACAGCUAGUGAAAAAAGGAUCAAUAUAAAAGGUUGCAGGAGACAACAUCUAAAUUCAACCAGUGCAUUAUUAUUACAACCUCUUUGCGGUUUCAACCGUUUUCUCCCAGUUUCCUACUUUUGGGUCCCAUAUCAUUUUUUUUUUCGAAUACUUGCCAAUUUGCAUUUCAUGUCAUAUGCGUUUGAGAACUUUGAACGUUUGAGAACUCUGAGCAGUAGAAGAAGACAGUUGUUCCCGAGAAAUUAAUCGAGUAUUCAAUAUUUGGACUCAGAUCGACGACGUGAAGGUGAAGACGACGAGUUUUGACAGGCCAGCCAAUGCACGAGAAACGCAGAACAGCGGGUCGACGGAGCUGCCGUACUACCUCGGCAUGUCUCCUGUUCUGACGCGACCAGAUCGGACCAACAGCGCUCCUCCCAUCGACUGUCCCUUCACCUUGCUUCGGUCGACCUUCGGCAUCGCUGUGCCGACUUCUAAAGAAUCCGAAAAUAAAUACGCUUCUCAUGUUGUCGUUCCGGAGCCUGGUGCUCCAAUCUUUCCUUCUUUGACGGAACUCCAAACAAAGCUAUCUCAAAAUGAACCUGAUGUUGUUGAUCUGACAAGCGACGGCGAGGAGAGCGAAAGCAUAGUUGGUCGCUUUUUUUUCUGUCUGAAUAUCCCUUUUUUAUUCUAGAUUCUCGUGGAAUGUAUUGAUGAAACAGGCGAGCCAGUCGAUCUUAAAAAGUCCCACGUGGAACCCUCGGUGAGUCAAGUUUUACUUGAAAAAAAGUAGCCUCAUUUGUUCAAUGUCAUAAUUUUAAUCAACACUUUGAGUUGAUAUGAGUUUCAUAGUAAAUAGUCCUAUAAUCAAAAUAUUGAGGCGAUUUCUUACGUUGACGUUUUUUCUGUAUUUAUUGAUAUUACUCACCUUGGUAACGCGAAUCGGACGUUUCAGGGCAUUUCUAGGGACCUUUUUAGCGUCAGGCAUUUCUAAGUGAUUCCUAGAAAUGCUCAGAAACGUCCGGUUUUCGUUACCGAGGUGGGAGUAUUUAUGUGAACAAACUGAAAGCAAAAAAAACUAUAUGGACUUUUUAUAUACAGCUCCAAAUUUUUUUGAAAGUGGAUUUAUUCCAACCUAUUUGAAAAAAAAAAAUUUAAUCCUUUUAUUUUUUUUUUAAAAUAAAGUUUGAAACCAUAAAAAAAUGAAUGAUUAUCUGAAAAAAAGUAACUAAACAGGACAUUUUAUAGAACUUGACCGUAGACACAGAAAUUUUCGUGUACAAGUUACGCGAGAGACAUUUUCAUUUAGACGAAGAGGAAAGCAGAAGACGAUUCGGAAGACCUGGACGAAGAGCGACCGAAAAAAUUAACCCGAUCGGAGGGUGGGUCUGACCGAUUUCCCGCUGAGGUACGUACUCGCAUCAUCACAUUCCAAUUUUUUUCGAUGAGCUUUUUUUAAAUAAAACUGUAAGUUGAUUUCAAACUAUAGAUUUCGUGCAAUAUCGAGUAUUUUUUUGGAUUUUUUUAAUCUAUUGUAUGAGGCUUCCAAAAGCUCUUUUCAGGCUGAGCUUCUGGGAGAAGAUGAACUUCUCGCCAUCGGCCACGGAGGGGGCUCUGUCGACUUUGAAAACCUCAAAGCUCUUGAAGAGGAACUACUUAAAUAA